CGAGGGUCAUAGAGCGGCGGCGCAGAGCGGUGUCCGGACACGCCCCUUCCGUUGCCAGUGACGCGAGCGCGGCGGCCCCGGUCGGUGUCCGGGUUCUGUACCGGUCCCGGCCCCGCCAUGCGCAAGUUCUUCCAGAAGACCAAGGCCGACCUCAAGUUCAGGACCGCGGGGCCCGGGCAGAAGCUGUCGGAGCCGUCCCGCCCCCCCAGGGAGAGCCCGAAGGCGGCGGCAGCGGCUCCGAGGCCCCGGCAGGGCCCCACGGAUGAGGCGCAGAUGGCGGCGGCGGCGGCGCUGGCCCGCAUGGAGGGGAGGCCCAAGGCCAGGCUGCCCUCGUCGCAGGAGGCCAUCAGGAGCCAGGUGAGGAAGGAGCUGAGGGCUGAGGCGGCCGCCGCUGAGAGAGGGCCCGAUGCAGAGGAAGGGGACACAGGCCCCCCCGCCGAGGACGGAGCCGCCGCUCUCUCCGUGUCCGGGAUCUACUUCAUCUGCCCCCUGACCGGGGAGCUUGUCCCGAGGGACAGGAAGGAGCAGCACCUCAGGGAAGCCAUCCAGUCUUAUUUCUCCGUAGAUCCAGUGGCUGCUUCCAUCAUGGAGAUUCACACCUUCAAUAAGGACCGAGAGAGAUUGCGCGUGGGGCUGGAGACCAUGGCCAAGUAUCUGGAUAACAUCUGUCUCCAUCCAGAGGAGGAGAAGUACCGGAAAAUCAAGCUGCAGAACAAAGUGUUUCAGGAAAGGAUAAGCUGCUUGGAAGGGACACACAGGUUUUUCCAGGCUGUUGGGUUUGAGACAAAAACACUGCCUAUUCCAGGACAAGAGGGCACAGAGCAGUUCUAUGUGCUGCGGGAGGAGGCGCUGGCCCAGCUGGAGCAGCUCCGGCAGCACAAGGAGCAGCUGCUGGGGUCAGAGCCGGUGCGGGCGCGCUUGGACCGGCAGUGCUGCGUGUUCAAACCGUCCCCGGCCGCCACCACCUUCCAGCUGCCCCCCGACUUCUACAACCUCACUGCGGAGGAGCUCAGGCGCGAGCAGCGGCUCCGGACAGAAGCAGUGGAGAAGGCUUCGAUGCUGAGGACAAAAGCCAUGCGAGAGAAGGAGGAGCAGAGGGAAAUGCGGAAGUACAACUACACGCUGCUCCGGGUCCGCUUUCCCGAUGGAUAUCUCCUCCAAGGGACGUUUUAUGCACGAGAAUCAGUCUCUGAGCUUUACAGCUUUGUGAGAGAAGCACUCCGAGAUGACUGGCUGCCCUUUGAGCUCCUGGGACCUGGAGGUCUCAGACUCACAGAUGAGAACCUGGCCUUCAAUGAAUGUGGGCUGGUACCCUCGGCCCUGCUGACCCUGGCCUGGGACGAAGCGCUCAUGGCAGACAUCCAGGCGGGGGCAGAGGAGCAGCCAGAAAGCCCCCUGAAACCAGAGCUUCUCGCCAGAGUCCAGACACUGUCAUGAAUUAAGGGCACUGGAGGCAGGGCCGAGUCUGAAACUCUUCCUUCCUUUUCCCCUGUGGACUGAGCUCAGCAAUGGCUUGGGGUUAAGCUGUGCAGAGCAGGAGCCUUGGCUCGGCCGUGUCACACCAACCUCGGGGUCCCCUCCACUCACUGAGUCCAGCAGGGCUCUUCUGGGACUGCUUUGAAGGGCUUUAAGAACCAAGUUUAGCAGGGCCUGCUUGAGGGGUUUCCAAGCCCAAGCUGAAGCAUCUCUCUCCUGCCUUGUUGGGGGGGACUCAGUGUUAGUACUAGGCUGGAUUCCCACUUGAGUGAGCCAGGAUCUAGGGCUGGGCUUUUACUUCUCUGUGCACUGGAACUCCUAUUGGAGAGAACAUAUUUAGAUGAAGUGAUGCAUAGUCUGGUCAGUGGAAUGGUUAAAGACUCAGUUCUGUUCAAAGCUGUUGGAAUUGCAUUGCUCUGUAGGUUUGAAAGGCAGGGACUGGCACUGGUGUUGCCGUGGCAUCACCCACCUCUUCACUCCAUGCACCCACAGGACCAACAACACCUGCUUAUGGUGAGAGGUGAUGCCUCAAACUGCAGCCAAGGGUUUAGGGAACUAAUCCAUCACCUCACAAGCCAUAGGAGGUUAGAAUUCCCAGCAAGUCUGAUGCUAGUUCAGUCUUUAAUCUGGCAGUCGUGAUGGCUUUGCACUCCCCAGCUUCUCUUUACAAGAAAUAUGGAACACUUUCAAGUAUCUCCUUCAAAGAUACACUGGGUUUAAGGGUCUCUAACUCAUUCUACAUACAUCCAGAAGUUAGUAGGUGGUUAAGGCUCAAACUGUAUUAGAUGGGCUGAGCAUGCUGGUGUCCUGGGGAGCAGCUCCUGCACCACUCGAGUCCAAAGCUGCCACUGUAGAAUCUGCAAAGGAGAAAAUGGGUUGGUCUGGGGUGGUUUGGUUGGGGGGUUUUCAUUAUGCUCCUGACUGGAGUAGGGUUGGACUGCUCUCUGCUUGCUGUCUUCCCUUGCGAGUCUCCUUUUCAAUGCUAUUUAAAACCUGGGUUUAAUAUUGGGUUAACUCCAAUCCGGAAUAAAAUCACUUCAACCAUAAAAA